UGACUAAAGAUAACUAGAACUAAUGCCAUGCAUUUGUGGUGAGUGAGUGCAAGCAGAAAAUUUCGUUCAUGCCUAUUUAGUACAUUACGGUAUGUGCAGUGCCUCUCAUAUUAGAUAAAGGGAAAAAAUAGGUAGGCUUGUUUUACCAGCCAAUACUUUGUUUGCCACAAGAGAACGGGCCAAGGAUUUUGCACUACGAACCAUCAGCCCAUACUUCUGUCAAUGUGUUCUACUGUCACAGAGUCCACUCUCUCGCCUGCUGAUCUCAGAUUAGCACUAGGAACAUUACCUGCAGGAGAGUUAGAAUUCUUUGGUGUGCUACUUGACAUACCGUACUCCCAACGCCGCUGGAUAGAGUCUCAGUACCGGACAGCUAGUGAGAGACAGUCUGCCCUCCUCCAGACCUACCUCACAUCCCACCCAGCACCAUCCUGGCAACAUGUGGCCACUGCUCUCUAUGACAGACAACUCCAUACUCUCCUACACAUACUUCAGACAAUGUUUCCUACUGGUCGCUAUCGUGCUAAUAUCAUCUACCAGCGAGAAAUGGAGCACGGCCACUCAGAGACUGACAUUACAAAAGUGGUGAUGAUGGGCAUCGCUGGCAGUGGCAAGUCAACUGCUCUAGACACAAUAAUGGAGGAGGAGCCCCUUGCACCUGAGGAUCGUCACAGUACCCCCAUCAUGAAGAGACCAGUCAAAACCAUGGCAAUUAUUGUGGAUGGCAAGACAAAGUGGGCCAAGAAAGAACAGCACCAGUUCACUGCCCACCUAGCCACACGUCUCAACACGGACCCCACCACUCCUCAAGAAACCACACCCACCAAUCACCCUCUUCUCUUACACACACAUUCAGACACGACUCAGUCCCCUCACACACCAGAUUCAUCCUCACACACUCCCUCAUCUCACCGUCCUCCCCAGUCUGCCACUGGCACAUCGACUACUGCUACCCAGUCCACCACUGCUGCCCUUCUGCAGCCAGGUCCGUCCCUCUCCCCCGAGUUGAGUGUGGAUGCCCUACUGCAGUCAACUGAGGUGGAGGAAGAGUUUGUCUCCCUCAUCAGCCAAGCCACCGGAUCUCCCAAACCUCUAGCUCACGAGAGAUGGGUGUUUCUCAUCGACUCUGGAGGACAGACCGAGUUCCAAGAUGCCUUCUCUGUGUUCCUGCCACACACAUCAGUCUGUGUGUUUGUGUUCAAGCUGUCGGAGCCACUGGACAGCUACCCCGUGAUAGAGUACUACCGCAAUGGGCAGCUGGUCGGCAGACGAGAACAGAGUCUUUUGACCAACAGAGACAUCUUUGGAAAGUACAUGAGAACCAUGUUCUCCUUCAACAACAGAGUCAGAGGAAAGACAGAGAAGGGAGCAGCAGCAAUCCAGGAGAGCUCCCUCCAGCCAGCACAGCCAGUGGAGCUCCCAGGAGAUGAAGACCACUCCCCAAAACCAGCAGAAUGUCAGGACCACUCUCCCAAGUGCAGAGGAGCAGAGGAAUGCUCGUCUGAGGAGAACUCCUCCAACGGCCAACCUCCCAGAAUUCUUCUCCUUGGCACUCAUCGAGACCUCAAGCAUUUGUGUGAGACAGAGACAGUGGAGCAGAAGAAUGAGCAAAUGGAGGCUCUCAUUCCUGAGAGGCUGAAGAAACAAGUUAUUUACUGUGCAGAAAAAAGGCCCAUCUUUGAAAUCAAUGGUCUGACACCCGAUAAAGACGACAAGAAAACUGCAGAAACAAUUCGAGAGUGCAUCAUGCACGAGUGUCCCUCCAGAAGGGAGAAGACUCCAUGGAGGUGGCAUGUGUUCAAUCAGAAGAUGAAGAGCAUUGCUCGUCGCCUGAAGAGGAAUAUCCUCAGCCGAGAAGAGUGCCUGAAGAUUGCUGCAUCAGUGGGGCUGGACACGGAGUCAUUCCAACUGUCUCUGGAGUUCUUCCACAACCUCAGCUUCAUCUUCUACUAUCCCAGCAUUCUUCCCGAUGUGGUGUUUGUGAAUCCACAGGUCCUCCUGGACAAGGUGAGCGAGCUGUCCAGUUCACAUCGAACUAAAAUCCCAGUGCCAAAGAUUCCCCGCUUCCCCACGGCU